UCCGUGAACGCAGCAGUUUUGUAAGAAUGGCGGAAGAAGUUUGGAGCCUUAAAGGAAGAAGGUGAUUUCGAAAGUUGUUGCUGUUCGUUCAUCUGAAGCGCCGUGCUGCCACAUCACUUAGUCCUGAAAAACAAGUAAAUCUCAUUUUCUGAAGCGACCGUUUUCGGCACAUCACAACAAUGACACUUAAGUCACCAAGUUAGACACACAGUGUUGAUAAAUUCAGAGAGGAGAGAUGGCUAUCGCCCACGUGGCUACAGAGUAUGUGUUCACCGACUUUCUGUUGAAGGAGCCAGACCAGGCUCGAUACCGCAACAUCCGAACAGAGCUGGCUGUGGACAAGAUGGUGACCUGCGUGACUGUUGGGCUGCCCCUCCUCUUCAUCUCGCUGGCCUUCGCUCAGGAGGUCUCAGUGGGUACUCAGAUCAGUUGUUUUUCUCCCACCAACUUCUCCUGGAAACAGGCUGGCUAUGUGGAUUCAUACUGCUGGGCAGCGGUUCACACACACACUAUACCACUGUGGCUUCACAAGUUCUUUCCCUACAUCCUGCUGCUGGUGGCGUUGCUGAUGUACUCCCCCGCCUUGUUCUGGAGAUUUUCAGCUGCGCCCCUCCUGCAGUCGGACCUCGCAUUCAUCUUGGAGGAGUUGGAUCGGUGCUACAACCGUGCCGUCACUCUGGCCAAGCAUUUGGCGACCCCAGGACUGCCCACCUCAGAUAGCGACCACACUGAGAGAUGUUUCAACUACCCGCUGGUGGAGAGGUUCAUGAUGACCAAGCGCUGCUCGCGGGUGCUGCUGUUGUACUACCUGCUCUGCCGCGGCCUGACUCUGGUCACCCUGCUCUGUGCCUGCCUCUACCUGGGUUACUACCUCCGGCUGGCCUCCGUCACGGACGAGUUCGGCUGCCCGUUGCGUGUCGGCCUCCUUGUCAACGACACCAGCAUCCCUGAGAGGGUUCAGUGUAAGCUCAUUGCUGUGGGAGUCUUCUCUCUGCUCAGUGGCGUGAACUUGGCCGUGUUCAUCGCACUGAUGCCAGUGGUAAUCUAUGCCAGUCUCCGCCCCUUCUUCAGCCAGGGACACGCCCGAUUCCUGGAAACCUACCAGUCACUUCCCACUGUGAGCGUCCUGCCCUCCCCUGAUGGCCAAUGGGAUGACUUCUCUCUGUACAUGCUCUACAUGGAGGAGAACAUCAGCGAGCUGAAGUCAUACAAGUACAUAAAGGUGUUGGAGAUGUUAAAGAAGCGCGGCGAAUGCUCAGGAGAAAACUUUGACACCGUGGGGCUGCUGCAGACCCUCUGCCUGGUAAAGAUGGAUACCGUGGAUGGAAAGAGAAGCACGGCCAAACUGGAUCAGGUCAAAAUGAAUGCUGCUGGCGGAGCAGCCAACGAUGAGGCAGCUCUGAACAACCUCAGCCAUCCGAACUCCACAUCUGGAAACGAUAUCAAGAUGGAAGCAGAGAUGCAAGAGCUCAGUCCAUUGUUGCCAGGAACCGACGAGACAGGCUGCAAAGCUGAAGAAGGCGGGACUCUUCGUCAGCGAGUGAUGUGAUUGGCUGGAUUGAACUGAACUGCAGCCCCUACUCAUGAUGGAUCCAUAAAGAUGCUCUGAACCUGUGGAUUCAUCAACAUGGAGCUGACCUUUUCUCCUUUUGUCUUAUGGAAAAUCACUUGAAACUGACGUCAAAAGACUAAAACGUGUGUUGGUUGGGAUUUCAGGCUUUCACUGAAUUUGUUUGUUAAACUGUUUGUAUUUCAGAUGUGAUGGUUAAAAACACUAUAAAACCAAAGUAUACCCAGAGUUUAUCGUUUGACCAAGCACCAUCAGAGGAGCUGCACUGACAGCAAAGCUGAAAUCAAAUCAUCUGUUAUUCAGACUUUAGCUGAAUUAUUGUUUGAAUCUGCACUGCAGAUCUAUUGUUUGCUUCAUCUCAUCUCUAAAGUGACAGAUUCUUCUGAGGAUGCACAUAAUCCAGAGGAAGAACACAUCUGCUGGAUAAGCUGAAUAUAAAAUCUGCUUAUUGGGUUUUAAGUAAAAUGUUUAAAUGCAUGCAUUCAUUUUAAUUUGCGAUGUCCGUUUGGGAGCGUUUAGUUUUAAUGAGAUGGUCAUUCACAUUUCAGGAUGUUUUUAAUGCUUUAAAAUGGGAAUACCAUAGUGUGGUUUGUUGUUUACCACUGUGAUGUUUUCAGGUCAUGAUUUUCUUAAUAAUAAUAAUGAAUAAUAUGAAUGUCUAAGCUGAUUUUUCUGCUGAAGGACUGGAUUGUUUUCUCAAGUUCAGAUCUCUUUAUUGAUAUCUUUGAUGUACAGAUGCAUUAAGCUUUUAUAUUAGGAAUAUAUUUUCCUGUUUAAAAAAGAUAGAUGUUUAUCACGAUCCAUAACUGCACAAAUCCUCAGCAGAAUUGAAAUAAUAUGAACAAAAAUGUGCAACUUACCAAAAUGUGGGUAUUUUUAAUGAAAGCCUUUUUUGUGAUGAUGUUGACUGUGGUAUUGAGAUGAUGGGCAGGUGUAACUGUCUGUAGUAUUAAAGCGGAGGUUUAAUGUU